CCAAUCCACCUGUCCCUCUUACCCAACGACCACUUCUCCCUUUCCGGUCCUCCUCGCCGCCCUCACGGCCAUGCCCAACGCCACCGCCGCAGCCGCAGGCGCCUCGCACUCCCUCUCCCCCACCACCAGCCGGAGAUCAUCGCCGUCUUCCAGGAUCCUUACGACCCCUCGCGGAUCUCUUUCUUGCAGACUGCUAUCCUCUUUCCCCUCGCACUCUCCCGUCGGCCUGGUCUCCGCCAUGGCCUCCCCGGGCGCUGCUGGCGAGGCGGCUUCCAGGAAGAAGCUUCUCAUAUUCGACGCCGAGAAGGACCUGGCGGCGUCUCUGUCCGAGUACACGGCGAGGCUGUCGGAGAAGUUCGCCGCCGAGAGGGGCGCCUUCACAGUCGUGCUCUCCGGCGGCUCUCUCAUCAAAGCUCUGAGGAAACUGGCUGAGCCACCGUACCUGGAGGUGGUGGACUGGAGCAAAUGGCACGUUUUCUGGGCGGACGAGAGAGUGGUUCCCAAGGACCACGCGGAUAGUAACUACAAACUUUCCAUGGAUGGAUUUCUCUCUAAGGUGCCGGUUCCUGCUAACCAUGUUUAUGCCAUGAAUGAUGCACUGACGGUUGAGGGAGCUGCGGAUGACUAUGAAAAUUGUUUAAAGCAACUCAUGAAGAAUGGUGUGAUUGCGGUGUCACCACUAACUGGGUUCCCAAAGUUUGACCUUAUGCUUUUGGGGAUGGGCCCUGAUGGCCAUAUUGCCUCCCUCUUCCCUGGACACCCUAUUAUCAACGAAAACCAGAAGUUGGUCACCUAUGUGAAGGAUUCUCCAAAGCCACCACCUGAGAGAAUAACAUUCACAUUCCCUGUGAUCAAUUCGUCCGCACAUAUCGCACUUAUGGUCACUGGUGCUGGGAAAGCUGGUGCAGUUCACAAAGCGCUUUCAGGUAAUGAAAGUUCAUCAGAUUUGCUGCCCGUUGAGAUGGUUGAGCCGCAAGACGGAGAGAUGACCUGGUUCACUGACAAGCCAGCUAUGUCAAUGUUGUCGAGGAUCUGAAGCCUGUUAUGCUAUAAAUUUGUAACUUCGACCUCCAGGAUUGCAUUAGAUCCGUGCUUGCAAUAUUUAUAUCUAUGUGAAAAAAGAGAGCUGAUUUUGUAGCAUAUAGUGGAGCGUAAAUGUGCGGCACAUUACAGUUUAGUCAUAAUAUGAGUCAAAUAAUGGCACAAAUUACUCGUUA